AUGGGUGACAAACGGGGUAAAACCCCUACAGAUCCUAAUCUCCCUCUUAAUGAGGAUGGGACUCCUAGAGAGCCCACUCUUUCAUCGACACGUGAGAUCCCUCAAGGUGGCGUAUCCACCUCCAGGGGUGCGACUUCGCAAACUUCCGGUACUGGUACUCCCAGCACGGAAAUCCCCAUACCUGGUGGCUCCAGAAAUGGUACUUCCGGAACGUUUGCUAGCAGAGUCGAUGCCACUAUCGAUCAAUCCGUCCAAACUGACGGCCAAGAUGGGAGUACCCUUGUUCCACCGAAUACGAGGAGAACCACUACCUCCACCAUGAAGCCUAAGGGUUCAUCACCGGAGGUCACCACCACUACUGGGGAAGAAUGCCUCCCCGUGGACUUCACGGAGAGCCCACCACCUUCACCACCCCCAGGCUUGGUGGCUAAAGACGAGCCGGUGCCCACCACCAGUCAGCAAGCGACGUUGAUGAACGCCCAAUUAGUUCUGGAGUAUAUCCUGUAUCAGGAGGGUAUCCCCGUCGAUGACCUCGAUGACUACUCCUCCGUCGAGACAUGUUUGGAAGCAGAGGACGGAGAUCCAGGUCGUCUAACUGGUUUACUUGAAUCAGAAAGAUCCCUACUACAUUCCUCCACGGGCGUAGAAGUACCCCAGGUCACUCCCAUCUGGAGUCCAGAGAGCAGUGUCGCCGAAUUCCUGGAACUCGACCACCAGGAGGAAUUCUCUUUGGCCGGUACAACCCCGGGACAAACCUCACCACCUCUGACUCCAUCUCGCCCUAACGUGGAGUCGCGUCUGCAGGAUCCGCUCCUCACGAACACGAGUGUGAGCGAGAAAACCCCUCCUGGUCAGCCCCCGAAAGCCAGGGAUGGCCAGGGAAACUCCGCCGGAGCUACCUUCGAUAUACCUCCGGCGGUCACAUCACUGUCAUCUCCGAUGAAGGGCCAGCAAAACAGCAACCCCUCCAGGCCACUUCGUCCACGCAGGGUAGCCCCCCGACAUCAGGAGAGAUCGGUGCGACCACUUCGACGGCCAUCGCUGCCAACACGUCACCAGCUGUUCCGAGUAGUCCCAGAGGACUCAGUACUCAGCAAACCCUCGACCAUCAAGAGGGGACUAGGCUCAAGCGCGUUAGUGGCCAACAAGGCAAGUCCCAAGGAGGAAAAAGGCUUAGGUCGCACACCCCUGAAGCCAACACCUGCAGCGGAAGACUUCAGACCCCAAGCCGCUCCAAAGACUCGCUCAGUCGGCCCAGCUUCAUCGAUGGGUGCUAUUCCCCGCCGUCCUCGCUCAGGCAGCCGCGGCCCCAGCCGAGAGUACCCCAGGGUCGGGGAACCUCGAGAGAGUCCUCGCGCGACAUCACCCCCGAAGGCAUCCCACGGGCGCUCUUGGGAUUAUUAUUCAUCCCCAUCUGAGGGCAUCGAGCGUCGAGUUGAAGGCUACGGAACUCCCUUCACCUCAGCAUCCACGGCACCGAAACCAGCGACCAUCACGUCCGGAGAGUAUUGGUCCAGCCGUGACCCCACCAGGAAUCCUCCGGAGGGAUCUACCCUCGGGUUCUUCUGGGAACCUUCCCAGCCAGAGGAGUCUCCUCGAUCGGCUGCCAGUUGUUGGAGUGCGUCCGCAGACGCCACUCGAGGUUACUACACCUCUCCGACUCCAGCAUCUCCAGCGCCACCAACGUCUUCGGCUCCUGUGCCACCGAUGACAUCAGCCCUACAGUGGUCACCGGAGACAAUCGCGGCCCUCCAGUAG